CCAACAAUACUGGUUGCGUGGGGUAAAUUGUUUAGAAUUGUGUACUUUGGAGCAUCAUGCCAUUCAUUGGAACUGCUGAAAAUGUUGGUACCUUUUAAUUUAAAGUAUAAAGCCAUGCCUACUAAAGUGAAUGAUUACCUACUAAUUUUAAUGUGAAGUGUGUGUGUGUGUGUGUGACAUUAAUCAUUUAACAGCAGUUCUCCCAGGCUAUGGUCUGCACAAAUACUAAUAAUACAUACAGUACCAGUCAAAAGUGUUGUAUGUAUCCAACAAUAUUGAUUGCGUGGGCUAAGUGGGUUAGAAUUGUGUAAUUCAGAGCAUCAUGCCAAACUUGGAAAUGCUGAAAAGUGUGAUAUUGUAGGUUAGUAAUUCAUUUUCAACCACAUUUGUUCCAAGUUUAGUACCUUUUAAUUUCAAGCGUUUGUAGGCAGUAUAAAGCCAUGCCUACUAAAGUUAAUGAUUACUUACUCACUUUAAACUGAGUUGAGUUUGUGUGUCAUUCAUUAUUUUACAGAAGUGCUCCCAGACUAUGGUCUGCACAAAUACUAAUAAUACAUUCUUUAGAUAAAUCAUUUUGUUAUGGGUCAUCUUAGGCCAUCAUUAUCACAUAUAUGCUUCUUCAGAAACCUCUUUCUCAUCCUAAUGUCUGCUUUAAUCUCACUUCUCCUCUGGAACACUCUGAGACGCCCAACCUGUUCUGAGAGAAGCCCGCUCCCAGCACCUGACCUCCUGCCACAAGACUACGCAGAUGACCUGCCUGCCUGCUCAGCCAUCAUCAGAGGAGACCUGAAGGGCAUCGACAAGGAGCAGCUCAGAAGACUUCUGAAAACAAAGAAUAAGCCCAAGCUUCUGUCUGAGGCGUUCUACCACGACGUGACCCGAAACUGUAAAACGUACAUUACAGGCAGAGGGUUCGUCAUGAUGCCCCUGAGUGUGGAGGAGAGAGACUUCCCCAUCGCCUACUCCAUGGUGGUCCAUGAGAAGAUUGAGAUGUUUGAGCGACUCCUGCGUGCCGUGUACACACCUCAGAAUGUAUAUUGCGUGCAUGUGGACCAGAAAUCCUCAGAAGAAUUCAGGACUGCAGUAAAGGCUAUUGUGACUUGUUUUACCAAUGUGUUUGUGGCAAGUAAGACAGAGAGUGUGGUUUACGCAUCGUGGUCUCGAGUGCAGGCAGAUCUAAACUGUAUGAAGGACCUGUUGAAGUCACCUGUCCAGUGGAGGUACCUACUCAAUACCUGUGGAACAGAUUUCCCCAUUAAAACCAACGCAGAGAUGGUUCAGUCACUCAAACUGCUCAACGGGAGGAACAGCAUGGAGUCUGAGACCACCGCCGACUAUAAGAAACACCGGUGGCAGUAUCAGCACAAUAUAACCAAUAACAUAGUAGUCAGAACAGACGUUACGAAGAGCCCUCCUCCAAUCAGCACCCCCAUGUUUUCCGGAAAUGCCUAUUUCGUGGUCUCCAGGGACUUUGUCCAUCACGUGUUUGACAGCCAGGAGGUUCGGGCCCUGCUGGAGUGGGAGAGGGACACCUACAGUCCUGAUGAGCACCUGUGGGCCACUCUGCAGCGCAUGCCCUCAGUGCCAGGGUCUAACCCUCCUCACGUCAAGUACCAUGAAUCAGACAUGAACGCCAUCGCUCGCAUGGUAAAGUGGAGUUACCUGGAAGGAGAUGUGAGGAAAGGAGCCCCAUAUCCACCCUGCUCCGGUGCCUCCAGGAGAGCUGUGUGUGUCUACGGGGCUGGAGAUCUACGGUGGCUCCUACAACACCACCACCUCAUCGCUAACAAGUUUGACCCAGAGGUGGAUGAUGUAGCCGUUAGAUGUCUGGAGUCCUACCUUCGUUUCAAAGCAACAUUUUUUUUUAUUUUUUUUUUUCACCUUUAUUUAACCAGGUAGGCUAGUUGAGAACAAGUUCUCAUUUAC